CGGCCCCGGGAUAAAAGCGCGGCGGAGGCUGGUCCGGCCCCAAGCGGUGGCCCUGCGAUGUCACUAGUGCUGCUGAGCCUGGUCGCACUGUGCUGGGGUGCAGCGUCCCCGGAGCCGGUUUCCCACUGUGCCUUGAAGGAAUGAGGGAAUCCUCUGGUCACUAAAGGAGAAAAAGCUCGUCCCCCCAACAUCACUGCAGACUAUAGCCCUGUCCUCUCCGCGGCACAGAGCAUAAAAGCACGGCGGGUACCUGCUGAUGGCUAUGGAAAGCCAAACCCCGUUACUGAGCUGGGUGUCUUCCGCUACUAUCCCUCCUUGGCCUUUUCCCCUGGAGGAAGAUUCACACGCCUUUGCCAUAAUUGCUGUAAGGCCAACAGCUCGAACUCCGAACUCCGUAAAGUUCAUAGCUGUUGCUUUGCUUCUUCUAAAACUUGUCUUACAGCCGUUUGACAAGAACUUAGCUCCCACUACGGUGGCUUGUUUAAAAAAUGUGUGGCGGUAUCCCUUGGAGGUCAGCUUUAAAAAGCCAGAGAAAAACAACUGGCCAUUUCACCCAAACCCAGACAUUCAAACCAUCGAAAGUCUUCCUGUCUUACAGGGUGGUUGGGAACUCCUAGGCAGAGAGGGGUCAGAUUAGAAGGACGGUGGGUUUAAGUAUAGGGUCUUGUCACUGGACCUUCUGCUGCCUGCAUGUUAAAUACUUGAGGCCCUAGUGUUUUAUUCCAAAUCAAGGUACUAAUUAUUUUUUUUCUAAAAAGACAUGAGCAGCUGACUCCAAAGGAUUUAGUUCUGGCUUCUCUUGGACACUGACGUUAUAUUUUGAAAGCUAUUGCACAAAGAUAACAUGAUGAAAUCACAACUGCAUUAUAAGUUCCUAAAUGGCGCAGUUUCUUAGCACAGGCAGGCCUUCACCUGGGGAAAAUCAGAAAGUGCUCCAGACCACGUGGAAGGCCUACAGGCAGGCAGACGUCAGAGUGUGGAGGGGCCCUCAGGACGGCUUGUACCCCGGGAGGCUGAGCGCAGAGGGUGGGGAUCCACCGCUGGACUUUAAAUGAGGUGAUGAGCAGGCUUGAUCACAGCCCACAGUGGGGCAACGUAGUCUCCCCCAGACUGUGGAGUGGAACCGGCUCAGUCUUUCUUUCGAGUGUUCCUCACUUAUACAUGCAUUUAAGGAAGAAGAUGGUGUUUUGUCUAACUUGGCAAAGGAAGGUUGUGGUUUGCCAGCAUUCAACAUGACACCUGGUUUCUUUCUAUCUUGCAGACGAUUCAGUGUGGCUCCGAAACCGGCCCGUCCCCAGAGUGGAUGGCCCAACACACUCUGACCCCUGGAGACUUGCGGGAGCUGCGAGUGGAACCCGUCAAAAGCAAUGUGACAACAGAGGACUAUUCAGUUCUGAUGAACGUGAGCUGGGUACUCCGGGCAGAUGCCAGCAUCCUCUUGCUGAAGGCCACCAAGGUCUGCGUGACAAGCAGAAGCAAGGUCCGGUCCUACUGCUGCGUGAGGUGCAAUUACACAGAGGCCUUCCAGACUCAAACCAGACCCUCUGGUGGCAAAUGGGCGUUUUCCUACACAGGCUUUCCGGUGGAGCCGGACACGCUGUACUUCAUCGGGGCCCAUAAUAUCCCCACUGCAAACAUGGAUGGCGACAGCCCCUCCAUGUCUGUGAAUUUCACUUCACCAGGCUGCCUUGAUCACGUAAUGAGAUACAAAAAAAGGUGCAUUGAGGCAGGAAGUCUGUGGGACCCGCACAUCACUGCUUGCAAGAAGAAUGAGACAACAGUAGAAGUGAACUUUACAACCAGUCCCCUUGGGAACACUUACAUGGCUCUCAUCAAAAAUAAAAGUGUACUUGGGCUUUCUUACGUAUCAGAGGACAGACUGACUCGAACUUCGGUGGCGAUUCUAGUGAGCGGGGAAAGCGAAGGUGCCGUAGUCCAGCUGACCCCCUAUUUCCAGACUUGCGGCAACGACUGCAUCCGACGCAAAGGAGCUGUCGUGCUUUGCCCACAGGCAGAUGUCCCCUUCCCUCCGGAUAACAGACACACAGUCAGUGUCCUCCUGAAGGUGACUGAGCUGUUUUUCCCAGGCAGAAGCGUGUCGGGCGGCUGGCUGCCGCUCCUCUCAGUAGCUCUGCUGACGGCCACGUGGGUGCUGGCGGCUGGGAUCUACCUAAUGUGGAGGCACGAAAGGAUGAAGCCUUCCUCCCCCACUGCAUCGGCGCCCCCCAUUAAGGUUCUUGUGGUUUACCCAUCGGAAAUAUGUUUCCAUCACACAGUGUGCUAUUUCACUGAAUUUCUCCGAGACCACUGUGGAAGUGAGGUUAUCCUUGAAGAGUGGCAGAAAAAGAAAAUAGCCGAGAUGGGCCCGGUGCAGUGGCUCACGACACAGAACACAGCAGUGGAUAAAGUCAUUUUCCUUCUUUCCAACGAUGUCAACACUGUGUGUGAUGAAACCUGUGGCAACUCUCAAGACCUGUUCCCGCUCGCCUUUAACCUCUUCUGCAGUGACCUGAGAAGCCAGAUUCACCUCCACAAAUACAUGGUAGUCCACUUCAGAGAGGCUGAUACCAAAGAUGAUUACAACGCACUCCGAGUCUGCCCCAAGUACCGCCUCAUGAAGGACGCUGCUGCUCUCUGCCGAGAGCUUCUCCGUGCCAGGCAGCAUGCCGCUGGGAAAAGGGCUGUGAGCCCGCCACAGUAGCUGCUCCUCCUUGCAGCCCACCCACGAGAAGUGAGUGACCUUGAGCCUUCCUACCCAUCCCGUUACAGGGGGGACAAAGCAUCUGUGGUGAUUCUGAAGCUUCCUGUAUGGGCUACGUACAGAGGAUUGUUUUGUAAGUGCGACACACACACACACACACACACACACUACGUACAGAGGAUUGUUUUGUAAGUGUGACACACACACACACGUACAGAGGAUUGUUUUGUAAGUGUACACACACACACACACACACACACACACACACACACACCUGCUUUGGCAAUAGGCAGGAUUCAUACACGAAUACAUAGGCCUUAGAUUAGGCACUGUAUGCCAGCAGAAUUGCUACAGAUAUUACUAAUGAUGGUACUACUAGAGAAUGGAAACUAGAUUUAUAAUUAUAAAGCUAACUUCAUACCUGCAAACCAAAAAUACUUAUAAUGCAGAAUUGUUAACUGUUCUGAUAACGCCAUUAUCGACCAUCUUCCCGCUGAAUAUCCGCUCCGGAAUAGUCCACACACUGCACUGUAGCUAGAACUGUGUAGCUCUGUAACAUGUAAGUUUAAUGAAUACCAAAUUUAAGAAGCCCUUAUUAAUUUAUUCAAUAAUUUCAUAGGUUAAAAACCCUUUGCAACACACAUCUUUAAGAAAAGAAAAACAGGCAAUAAGCUGAACCCAUCUUUGCCGACCAGAUGACCUGGCAUGUGUGUAAUUAUUUGUAUUAUCUGGGAUUUGCAUGGGGCCUUCCCUGUCUGAGCCAGGUCCGUGUCCUACAUGACUUCUGUACAGGUCACUGUUGACACGAACCCCAAGACACAUCACUUGCAGACCUGAUGUCUACUUGUGUCGAAAGUCAUGUAUUAGGUCACUAUCAGAGUUCAGUUUCUUGGUUACUACACAACUUUUCAUGUUCAAAACAAGAAUCAUUCCUGUUAGUUUGGAAGUUAGCCCUUUUGAGGUAAUUGUGUUUUUAAGUGAAUUAUAAUGGUUUACUUAAGUAAAAAACUACCAGUUACACAUAUACAGAUGGAUGGUAGUAUUUUAAGUCUUCCCCAACUUGUUACUUUUAUAAAAGCUUCAUUUUCCUAGUACAGGGGUCACCAAAAGGUUAUUUAUAUUAACAUACAUACUUUUUAAGGAAUGUUUGGCUUUCACACAGUGUAAUACUUAAUCUGCUCUACAAUGUGGGUCAGUUUUGGGUGGAUGACUUAAAAUGAAUUUGUGGAUUAUCCUUAAAGGGCCAUGCUUCUACAAAUACAUGCCUUAUGGGUAAGAACCAAAAUAAAGCAGCAUGUAUUAAAAACUCACCAUGUCCAGCUUGAUAAGCAGAUACUUAGUAACGGCUGGGGCAGUGUGUUUAAUGUGGUAAAGGUCACUUAUUUGUCAUGAUCAGUUUUCACGGUGCUGGUAAGUGCUGGUAACAGAAGAUGGACAUGGCUUACGUCAAAACUUGGACCAGACACCGACUUCCUCUGAAUCAACACUGCCACUAGUAAGAGCAGUAUGCUAUGCUGUGAAAAACUAUUAUAAACAACAACGCUUACGCCUUUGGAAGUAGGUAGUCAAUACUAAAUUGUGUUGAAGCAACCCCAAAACAUAAAAUGAAU